AUGGAAGAGGUGAAACAAAAAUCGGCGGAACUCCUGAAUGGUCUUACGAAAACAGACUUCCAGCACUGCCUCGAGCAAUGGAAAAAACGAAUGAAACGGUGUGUGGCGAGGGGAGGGGAGUAUAUUGAAGGGGAGCAUUUGAAUGUAGAAUAACUUUUGUAAUAAAACACUUUUCGUAACCAGUCUCGUUAUUUAAUAGCCAUACCUCAUAUUAUUAUUACGUUGCCUGUACAGACAGUACAGCAACUAUAAACUCAAAAUCUCAUGUGCAAUAAUUCUUAUUUCAUACUUGAAUGUUAUAUACCGUUUACUAUACAAGUUAAUAGAUAUUUUUAGAUUCAGAGCGGGGUAAGGGGUAUAUUGUUUUUUAAUACUUUUACUAUGAUUUGUGUUUUUCUGUCUCUAAACAUCAGAAAACUUGCUCUGAUCGAAAAAUGACAAGAGAAUUUAUUUGAUGAAUUUUUGAUUUAUUUACUAAGGAUAUAAGUUAUAUUUUAAAUUUUAAAAGUAGUUUUCAUAAUAAUUUGGAAAAACCUGAAAAAUUAAAACGAACAAAUUUACGGCGUAAUAUUUUACAAUUUUAAAUUUAUAUACUUUAAAUUUUCGUUCUGAAUUGUUGCUUCAAUAAAAUAACGGCAAAAAACCUAUUUUAUUGUAUUUUUUAAUUUAAUUAGUAGGUUAGGAUAUAGGGACAAAAUUGAAUGUGUAGAUCUGUAUGCAAAAAUUAAUCAUUGCUUACUAAAACCAUUUUAGAGUGAAGUUCAGCUAUAAAUGUUUUGAAAGGAUGUGAUAUUUACGAUUUUCGUUAAAAUUUGAUAUUUAAAUUCUUUUUUAAACAAAUUCUACAUAACACUCGAUUUUUUUUAAUCACAAAGAACGACUAGUAAUGAAAUUUCGAUUAAAUAUUCAAAAAUUUCAGUCAGGUCUAAUAAUUUUAUCCAUAGAGUACCUAUCAAAUAAAAAUUAUAUAAAAAAAUUUGCAAAAUUAAAAUGUCUCUAUACAGCUAAAAGAUUUUUUUUACGCCUAAAGGCAAAUAUAAGUUUUAUGUCCACAUUUCAAGACUUUACGAAUAUUUUUCACUGAAUCACAAUUUAAAAUAAUACAUUUCAUAAAUUUCAAGUUUCUCUACAUUUUUCCCAAUUAAUAUCAAAACCACUUAGUAAAUUAAAAAAUAACCUGCUUUAAUAGAACCACCAAGAUAAAAUUUCUUUCCAGAAAAGAUACUAUACACUUUAAAAUCGGAGUAAGAUUUUUGCAAGGAAAAUAGAUAAAAGAAAAAAAACAUAAUAUUUUAAAAAAGACAAUUUGAAAUUAAGCGUUUCGACUUUAAUGUCUCUUAGAGUUGGUGGUCUAUGUGCUUAUUUUGCUCACCUCGCAUACCUCGCAUAUUUUUGCGGCACUGUGUAUAGGGUGUAUGUGCUAAAUUUUACAAUUUUCUAUGUGCAUAAUAUGUUAUACAUAUGUAAUAGGAAAUUAUCAAAUUCUGUAGAUAAAUUCUAUAUAUUGUUAAAUCUACCGGAAAAUAAUUUAUAUAUUAAUUAAUUCAAUACAAUUUAAUUAAAAAAAUAAUAUUUUAGUUUCAUUGUGUACAUGCACGGGUCAGACGGACCAUAUUAUAAUCUAGGUAAGUAUCAAUCACUCGGAACGUAGAAUAUUUUAUAAUCCGUAUACGAUAAAUCGAUUGUUUUCGAUUGUGUAUGUGCAGGCCCGCCGCUAGGGAACAAACAAGCCAUACGUUGCUCUAGAGAGGCACACAAUUUUAAAUAAAUUGAAUCGGCAAAAUAAAAUUAAUAAUCGUCAAAAGACGGUAAUACAAUUUUCGCUUUAGGGUGGAAAUAUCUUUUGACGAGUCUGUGUAUGUGUGUAAAACGAUCGUGGGGAAAAAAUACAUGUGAAGGGAAAAUAAAAUUUAACGACUAAUAAUAUAUCAUCGAAAUAAUGGUCAUGUCGUCCGUCCGUUUUGAACCUUCCACGAACUGGUUCGACCUCAAUAUAAUAAAUUAUGCCUACCGUUAAAAACAGACGAAGACCAUUUCAUUUGAAAAAAAAAGAAGAUAAAUCUUUUGAACGGGCAUUGAGAGAGGAAAUGUCAUUAGACAACGAUGUUGUGUAACAAAAAUAAAAUACUAUACUUAUAGAUUUUCUUUUUUGAAAGGAUACAGGUGCAGUCUAUUGAAGAUGUUUAUCAACACAAAUCUGAUUGUGAACGGCUGCAGGUGUCUAGAGGGGUUUUUUUUUUAUUAUCCUGACCUUGGUAAACUCGAGGGUGCCUGUUAACAACACAGAUUUCUGUAAUGUUCAAAACAAUUUUACCAUUUUUACCAAAGUAAUAUAAUUUUGAUUUAAAACUUAUUCUCAAGUAGAAAUGUUUGCUCUUAACUGAAACGGAAACAAAUAUGUUUAGCGGAUUUUUUGUAAAAGUUGAAAAAUAUCAUUAUUCGUAGAAUAGCGAUAGAUUUAAUCGAUAUAUAUAUAUAUAUAUUUUUUUUUACUGCAGAACCGAUAAUAUUGUCACAAAAAUACAUAAUAUGACGCCUAAAGUAUGCCGCAAAGUAGAUCGGUAUGUAAGGAGUAUAUUACAUUUUUAAUAACUAGGUAUACUCAGUGCCAGAAGUAGGUAUUUUUACACCGGGGAACCAAGGUGUUUCUCUUCUAUUAUAAAACUUAAUAUUUAAAAAAGACAUCCUAGAAUAAUGGAGACUGGUGCAGCCAUUGUUAUAGGUAAUUUAAUAUAUACUUGUAAGCAGCGAUAAACCAUUGAUUACGUAAAAACGAUUCUGAGCGGAGUUCAGUUGAUAGUGAUGCUUUAUCAAAAAUAUGUAUGCCAUAUUAUAGUAAAAUAAUUAUAUAGGCUUUGUAUAUUUUCUUAAUAUUUAUUAAAUGUUGUACCGAUUUUCCCAGUUUUCCUACUUUUUUCCUAGUUUUUCCCGGUUUUUCAUAUUUGCUGGAAAAACUCCUGAAAAAUCGAAAAAUGUCCUCUUUAACGUACCUCCCCACACCAAUUUCCUUUCAGAAAAAGUGCUACACUUAAAAAUCGGCGCAUGAUUUUUGGUAGAAAAUUUAAAAAAAUAAAAUUAAAAUAAACAUCUUUGUAAAACCAUAAGUUCCACUAUGUUUUACUAAAAUGUAAAACAUACACAAGGAACACGUUUUCCUAAUCAUCUAAGAUACUGAAUAAUUACAUUAAAGAUGUAUAUCCUUAACAAUAAAUAAAUACAAACAAAAGUUAUUUAAAUACGUCCCGAAAUUUUAUACGCCGAAGAUAAAUUCUCGUCUUCUUCCAUAAUUCCGGUCUUGCUUACAUUACAGUAAACAACGAGUUCAAGAACCCUCUAUCCUAUCUAUUUUAUAAGACAUAAAAAUGUAAAAAUGUAUACUUCUAUUAUACUUACAAUCGUUGUGCAGGAACGUCGGGAUUUUUAUGAAUAACAGUAGAUGAAGUAAAACGGUUUACGACGUAAUACGGAUAGUAUUGAUCUGGUGAUCGAAUAAAACUGACUACGCGGGACGAAAUAUCGUCCGAUACACGCGGAACCGGUAUAGGUCGACUACUCCCACCUUCCGUCUUAGAACAUUUUGCCGUUUUGUCACUAAGAGGCCUCCACCACUACAACCAGUGGCGGUCAAAUGGUUUUGUAAUGUGUGAAGGAUGAGGAUAAUUUUUAAAAACUAUUAUUAUUUAGAUAAUCGUUUUGAGAUUCUAAGUGUAACAAAGAAUGUAUUAGUUUUACAGAUAUUUUUUUUUUUAUACUGUGUACAAAAAUUCUACCAGAAAUCUUGCUCCGAAGUAUCAAUUAUAGCACCCUUCUGAAAAGUAAUUUUCCUGGAGAGGUACUUUAGGGAAGUCAUUUUUUGAUUUUCCCAAGAAUUUUCCCAAUAAAUAGGAAAAACAUGGGAAAAACCGGGAAAACAAAUAAAAUAUCAAACAAAUAUUAUUAAAGAAAAUAUAUAAUGCAUAAGUUAUUAUUUUACCAUAAUUUAAAGUCUUUUUUUUUAUUUAUUAUUUUAUUUUUGAUAUAAUAUAAUAUACAGAGUGAUUUUUAAGCAUGUUUACCUCAAUUUUAUGGUUAAAUUAUGCAUAAGUUCAAAUUUUAAAUAAAACCCAUGUACUCGAAAAUAUCGUCUUUCACUACACAUACAAAUUCUAAAAAAUCAUAAUUAUGUAUAAUUUAACCAUAAAAAAAAAAGUGAGCACUGAGCAUGCUUAAAAAUUCACUCUGUAUAUUAUUAUAAAUACUUAAGAAAAAUGAGGUAUUGAGGUGAAUAUACCCCCCCCCCCGCUUAACUACCCUUGACUACGACUACCACUAUUAAAAAUAUUACUUAUGUUUGGUUUUACAUUAUCCGGUUAAAAUUAACGAGACAAUUUACCUUACAGAUAUUUUUACAAUUUUAUUUGAUUUAAAAAAAAACAAUAAUAAUAAAUAAAAUUAUAGGUAUAUAUGUAUUAUAUUUAUAAAACCUGAAGAGAAAAUUAAGUUUAAAAAGGUAAAUUAUAUUAAAAAAGUAAAAAUUAUAUAUAUAAACAAAAAAUAUAAAACCUUGGAUAUAAUUAAUAUAAAACUAAAUAAACCAUCUAUAGCCCGAUCUAUAGGUAUUAUUGAAAACGAAUCAUUGGCCGAGUUAAAAAAGAACGUGAGAAAAUAUGAGAUGAUUGAGUUUAUUUUAACAGGGUAAACUUCUAAAUUCCCACUUAAAAUUGAGACAGAAAUUGUAAAAUCCAAAAUACAAUUAAUAAAUAAAUAUAAUAGCCUAAAUAAUUCCAAAUUUGAUAAAUUGCACGAGUAAAUAGAAAACCUGCAAAUUGCAAAUCAACAAUUAUCAUUAAUAAAUUCAGAAAAAAAAAACAAACAUAAUUUUGUACGUAGCCAGCACAAUAAUUCUCGACUUAACUAAUAACAAUUAUUCAUAAUAAGAAUAAAAAGCCCAAUAUCGUCUAGCUCACUCGGACAAUUUUAAUCAAAAGUAACAAAGAAAAGUGAAAAGCAUUAUAGUUGUAAUUAGAGACCCAAUGUGGUCAUUUUUUAGUUUUCAAGGUUAAUGUACAAAAACUAUAAAAGUAAAUUUGAUAGGUAAGUUUUUAUUAUACCAAUGAAUUAAGCAUCAAAAAAUACACAUUUUAGAAAAAAAAAAUGAAAAUGUUAAAUUCCCACUAAGAAAUAUGCGAAUCAGAAAACCCGAACUUUGUGAAAUUUUCCCCUAUAACUUCCAAACGAAGUUCGUCCGAUUUUUUUACAUAAUUAAUGUACACAAAAACAUAAAUUUAAAAAAAAAACCCAAAAAAUUGAUAGGUUGCUAAAUUAGAAUUAUGCUAAGAGGUGAUUGGGUCAUCUUUUUUGGUCCCAUUAGGUAUUAUGCCUCUAUAGGAAACCUCUAAAGGACGGUCAGCUCUGAAUAGUGAAAUAAUUUCCGAUCCCUUCGAGUAGUAUAAAAAUGCCGAUCCUGGUUCUGGUGCUGGUGCUGGUGUCAUAUCUCCGCCACUAACCGCAGCUGCUCGGUACUCCACCCCCAUCGCUGCCCGCACCGCUCGCUACUCCACCCCCGCCACUCGCCGCAGCCCACACCGCUCGUUACUCCGUACUACAUCCCGCAACCCACGCACAUUCACACCAGACAGACAAAUAUUAUUACCAUAGAUACUAUCAACUCUUAUUAAUAUAUUUUACCAUUAUUUUACAAUGUUAUCAUGCUCAUUAUCACAGACGAUACCGCACUGGUUCUUAUUCAUGGAUAUUAUCAAUUAUACAUACUACAGAUAUUAUCAAUAUACGUUAUGAUUUAAUAUUACAUAUUUAAUUAAGCACCCCACUUUAGUGUGUGUAGGAUAAUGGAGGGGGUUGCUCUUUAAUUUUAUGCUCGACGGAUUUAAUAGAUAGGGAUUCAACAAAUUCAGUCAUCGAUAAGACUAAAUCAUCAUAUAAUAAUUGAUUUUUAUCUCCAGAUUUGGAUAAAACCUACGGACUCAAAAAAUUAUAUCACAAUCAUAUUAUUUUAGGAAAACAUAUAAUUCAAUUCACUGACAAUAAAACAAUUGUCAUAAACUCAUCGAAAAGCGAAUAUAAUUUAACGGGGGGGGCUUUUGGAAUUAAUUUUCUUGAAAUCACCGAUUAAUUAUACUGAACAGGAUUUAGAAACAUACAAGUCCAUAUUGGUACAAACGAGCGCCUAUUUAACCUUUGCUGAAUCUAGGAUUAGAAAAGGUGGUAAUAAAUACAUAAAUAUUAUUUCAAAAUUAUUUCCUUUGGGCAAAGGACUACGCAUGAAAUUGCAGAAAAAUACUUUAGUAUAUUGGAACGAUCCCAAUGAGUUAGUCGAUAGGUUACAAAUUUUAUUAGCUUCGCAAUCGGCAAAGAAUACCGUUGUUGGCAACGAGAUAUUGUUGAUUUUUGAAAAACUACUCGAAGCUGGUAUAAUACAGAGGAUUCCAAAUGUCUAA